AUGCCACCACCGCCGACCAACAGUGUUCAGUUAUCACGAUUUUCUACUGGUCCAUCAGCUUUUUAUGAGACGACAUCGGGUUUUGUUCCGCCACAUAAGGACGACAAAUUGAAAAUGGAGCCACAGUGUUACUCGACGUCUAGUUAUACACCAAACAUCUGUGUGACUCAAAGUGGAUUUACUUUACCAUCAUAUCCAAGCUGA